AUGAUUGAGGCUCCUGGCGAGCGUCCGACGUCUCCCUCUUUCGCUGCGUCACGUGUGGCGACGUCGGUGAUUUUGUUCUUGGGAGUCGUCGUCGGGAAGGCGUCGGGAUGGAAAGAGUGCCUCGUGUCGCCGCAGGACGCGUGGAAGGCGGCGACUGAUACGACUGCGGCGCUGAGGAUGCGCUACGAGUACGAAAGGCGGUACACCUGCCGCGACGAAAAGGGUGCGCUUCAAGGACCAACCCCGAACUCCCUGGCGCAUGCGCGGAGGAAGAGCGACGACUCUCCCCCACUUGUACUCUCGUGCUUGGACGCAAACUCUCUCAAACGCCUGAACAAAGAGUCGACUUCGAUGCAGGUGUGCUUGAAGGGGAGACGAGUGAUUUUCCUGGGGGACUCUCUGUCAAACCAGCAGGGAGACUCUCUGCUGGGCAUGCUGGGCUGGCAUCCCGAUUGGAUGACCAAGGAAAAUCUACGAAAUGCCAAGGUGAUUACCGAGGACGGAAAGAGGUAUUAUACCCUGGUUGACUGCUGGCACCCUUCAAUCAGCGGAGUCGAGAGAUGCUAUGACUAUUCCACGAGCGACUUCCCUGGACCUACAACAUUUGGCCAGCCGGGUGAUGGGCCGUCGGGAGAGGCAAGGAAGCAAUCGCGAAAGAAAGUAUUCCGUUCUACGCCGUCAUCGACCAAACGAAGUACGUCCCUGGGCGGCAGAAAAGCCGACUCGACCAAGUCUGCCAGCACCGAAGGCGACAACAGUCGCAACAAGCACGGCAGGAAAUUGCAACCACGGGAGUGGGAAGACGGGCAGGAGGCGGCAGAAGAGGCAGAAGCGGAGGGGUACGGGGAGGAAGUCGAGGCCGUCGAUGAAAAUGAAAUCUCGGUGCACAUGCGGAUGCUUUCGAAGCCCAGCGGUGAACACUGGUUGACGAGAGCCGUAAGCGAUUUCAACGAAACAAGAGCGUCGGACAUUUUCGUCGUGAACUUCGGGGGGCACUACCACGACUUCCCCGAGGAGGACGAUAGCUUCAAGAGGGACGUGUUCCCCAUCCUGGACGAAAUGGCGGUUCUGGGCGAAAAGGCCACCGUCGUUUGGAGAGAGAUUGCGCCGACCCAUUUCCCCGCCGUGAAUGGGUCUUUCGACGCUUUUGACUGUCUCGAGUCGAAGGAUCGAAAAGCGAGCUGCACUGGGACUCCGCCCGAGGUUUUCGACCGAAAUGUGUGGGUGGAGAACUACUUGCGGACCAACGGGCUUGAGGAUAGGAUCCACCUGCUGCGAAUUUACGACAUGUCCGUGCCACGGGGAGCGGCCCAUCACACUUGCCAUUUUGCACCGCCGUCCCCAAUGAACCAGUCCGAAGCGGCGAGUGACGGCGGAGGAGCUUCCGGUCCUUUGGACUGCAGGCACUGGUCCGAAACCGGCGUCGUGGAGGAGUGGAACACCCUCAUGCUCAACCACCUCUGCCCGAUGGAGUGA